GAGCCUUCAUCUUUUAAUACUAAUAACAGACUGCACAUCCAGCAAACGUACCUUGUUGUUAUGUAUUUGUUCUGAUAGUACACUAAGUAAAUCCUACCCACGAAAAGCAUUCACCUCAAAACUGAGUAAAAAUGGCACGAAAUGCAGAAAAGGCUAUGACAACACUAGCUCGUUGGCGCGCUGCACAAGAGGGUGGUGGCCAGCAGCAAAGAACAAGGCGUCCUUUUUUAGCGUCUGAAUGUGAGGAUUUGCGUGAAGCAGAAAAGUGGAGAAACCAAGUCAUUUCUGAAAUUGCUCGGAAAGUUUCACAAAUACAAAAUGCUGGCUUGGGUGAAUUUCGAAUACGUGACCUUAAUGAUGAGAUCAACAAACUUUUGCGCGAAAAGGGUCAUUGGGAAGUGCGCAUUAAAGAACUUGGAGGACCAGACUAUGCACGAGUUGGACCUAAGAUGAUAGAUAUGGAUGGCCAGGAAGCACCAGGGAACAGGGGUUAUAUGUAUUUUGGAGCUGCAAAAGAUUUGCCAGGUGUACGAGAACUUUUUGAGCAAGAACCACCACCACCUCCUCGCAAAACACGAGGAGAAUUGAUGAAAGAUAUUGAUGCCGAUUAUUAUGGAUAUCGUGAUGACGAUGAUGGAGUUUUGAUACCAUUGGAGAGAAAAGCUGAGAGAAAAGUGAUAAAAGAAGCUGUGAAACGCUACACCAGUAAAAAGCUUGAAUCACUGAAUGAAGCUGAAGAUGGUCCAGAUCAUGUCACACAGACAGAAGAUGAAGAGGAGGAAGAGGAUGAUGAUGAUGAAGAUUCUCAGAUAAUGUUAGACGAAACUGAUGAACGUUCAGAAGUCCAGAGAUUUAUGGCUCAUGUACCCAAUAUUCCAACACAGGCUGAUAUUGAAGCAGCACUUGUUGAGCGGAAGAAGAAUGAACUUCUACAGACUUUUCUUGGGGAGUGAAGUUUUUUGUUACUUCAGUCAAGUGAAAUUUGCAAAUGUACAAAUAAAUUUUAUACUUUUUCAACUGUAUUGUAAUAAACUUUUACUUAUUGCUAUUGUCAGAAAUUUUAAAGAGCUUGUUUGGAGAUGGCUACUUGUGUGAUUAUCAACUCUGAGAAAUUAUUGCUUUGUUGCAAAGUAAUGGAUGGUUAGAAAAUUACAUUGGCUAGAAAUUUACUUUCCUGAAAGACAUUGAAUUUUUUACAAUUAAGCAAAAAACCUAUUCAAUAUCUGUUUGAGGGAAGUUUCUUUUUAUUCAUAAUUUGAACUUAUUUCCUUGAGUGAUAAUUACUGACCUUCAUUUGGUGGUUAGUUUUCAGGACCAUCUGUAUUGUAAAAGAGACAAUAAAAGGGCAGUUUGAA